AUGUCAAAAUACUUUAGGGCAAACCAGCAGGCCUUUCAGCAAAUAAAGAACCGGAAGGUGCCAAACAGGAAUUAUUUCCUACACUUCUCGAAAUAUAACUCAAUACCGAAGUUCAUAACGGAAAAGGGGCAACCGAGGAGAGUGGACCUGGCAAAAUGCCUGAAUAUGCAAGUCGGAGACCUGGUUCAGGUGCUGCACGGACAAGAUAAGGAUCGACAGGGGGUAAUACUGAAAAUAUUCAAUAGGAAGAACCAAGCGAUAGUGGAAAACUGCAACAUGAGAGAAACGUUCUGGAAUCCGUCCUUCGAUGGGAAGAAGCCAAGUCUGAUAACUCAGGAGAUGCCAAUCCAUAUCACAAAUAUAUCCCUAGUGGACCCAGUAAUGAAGAAGCCAACAAUAGUAAAAAGAAGAUAUAUGAUGAACGGAGAGUGUGUAAGAAUAUGUAAGCUUUCAGGAUCAUCCUUGCCUGAACCAGCAAAAGUAACCUGGAACCAGUACAAGAAGCCGCCAAAACGACAAACACCAGUAAAGGAAAUAUACGCUCAAAAGGACUAUGAGAAUUUUAAUCUGCUAACAAGAUUGGCAAAAAAGAUCAAGGAAAAGAAGAUUCUGGCUCUGCUGAGUGAUAAGAAGCAGGAAGUAAAAGUGGAAUAA